AUGUCUGAUGUCGAAGAUGCAGAUCAGAUUUCGGAUGUUGAUUAUUUCAACGUGUCGAGUGAGCAAGCUGAUGAGCAAAACGAUUCUGACUGUGAAAGCACGCAUUCUUUGGAUUCAGCUAUCUCCGAUGCUGGACAAGGGCUGGACGCAGAACUUCAAUUUGACUCUGCAAAGUUUUUGCUGAAUCUUCGAGAGGAGGCAAUGGUUUCGCAGACAGCAUUGAGCAAGGCUGUUGAUGGUGCAGAUGAGUUAUUUUCUAAAUUUUCAAACUCUAUAAAGGAUCGCAUUAUGCAAGGGAUUGAUGCCUCUGGUGCAGUAUCAGAAGAGCAUAUCAAGAACACCUUCCAGGAGUUUUCACAAGGAAUGUUUUCUGGGAUGGAUUCCAAAAAAUCUCUUGAUUCAUUUUCUGAGAAGCAUCUUGGUGUUCUGGAACCUGAACGAGUAGAGCUCUAUGAAACUCAAGAGAGUGACAAAAAUGGUGUCCUAAAAACAGUUAAGCAUUAUGCUUACACAAGUCCAUUUGUUCCCAGUUUGAAAAGGCUCCUAAGCAGGCCUGAUGUAAUGUCUUGUGUGGAAAAUUCUGAAACAAGUGAAGAGGGAGUAUAUAGAAGUUACCGUGAUGGCAAGUAUUGUAAAGAACAUCCAAUACUAUCAAAAAAAGGGACAGUUGCAGUUAUAUGUACAUUUGAUGAACUGGAAGUGUCAUCCCCUCUUGGUCCUAAGAAACACAAAUUAGCUCUAUACUACUGGACGCUGGCAAAUUUCAAUCCUCAGAUGAGAGCUUCCUUGAAGUCUGUCCAACUGAUGGCAAUUGCCUGGAGUAAAGAUCUCAAAGCUCAAAAAUCCUUAACUGAAAGUUUAUCGCUUGACUUGAAGCAGGAAAGACAUGCCAAGAUAUUUGCUCCUUUUCUCGAUGGCAUCAGGCAGCUUGAAAAGGGUAUUAAGAUUACUGACAAAAAGACUGUCUUUGGAAGUUUAUUGUGUGUAACUGGUGAUACGCCUGCUGUGAAUGUUCUUGGUGGCUUCAAGGAGUCAGUGAGUAUUGCUCAUAAACCAUGUCACAAGUGCCUCGUGGACAAUGAAGAAAUGAAGAGUGUUUUCAGGGAAGAUUUUUUUGAGAAAAGAACACCUGAAAAUUUGAAAAGCCACUUAAAUGAGGUGCAAUCAUCACAAACACUCAAGGAACGCACUGAAAAAUCUACCCGGUUUGGAAUUAAUGGACCUUCUGUUAUAUCUGAUUUAAAACACUUCGAUUAUGUACGUUGUUUUAAUUUAGACGUCAUGCAUAUUGUACAUGAAGGUAUCUUGGAAGCCCACCUUCGCCAUCUGCUUUUCCAUGCUGUUGAAGUUCUGAAGGUUACCAAAGUAGAAGAGAUCAAUGCAGAUGUACGUUACAUGGCCAAUCAAUUAUUUUCUAAAGAUAGACCAGCCUCCAUUCUUCCAAGCCAUCUGAUAACUGGGUUGAGACAAUCUGCAAGUCAAAUGCUUUCUUUAGCCUUAUGCAUUCCCUUUCAUUUGAAGAAGACAUUGGAUGAUCUGGAAAAUCUUGAAGAAGAAGAAAGGCAUGACGACAUGCUGGACUUAGAAGAGAGGCUACAAAAUUUUGUCUGCCUGGUGCAGGUGACUAUGGGUCUUCUGGCUUUUGAGCUGACAGCAGAAGAUUUGUCAAAAAUCAGAAGCAUGAUCCAGACUCAUCAUGAGACCUUUAUUGUGCAUUACCCAGAAUUUGAUGUAACUCCUAAGUUCCAUUUUGUUAUCCAUAUUCCUGAACAAAUUGAAAACUUCGGUCCAACAAGAGUUACAUGGACCAUGAGAUUUGAAGCACAGCACUCUUAUUUUAAAAAUCUCAUCAGAAUUAUGAAGAAUUUUAUCAACCCUCCAUUAUCGUGUAGUUACCGAUAUGAAAACCUGAGAGCCUCUCAAAUGCUAACAAAACCAGGAGACCAACCAGGGAACUUUAUAGUAAAAGAUGAUAUCUAUUCAUUUCCUCGUCAAAUUAAAACAAAUCAGCAUCAGUACAAGAAACUCCUCUCUGCAGUGUUUGACAGUGAAGAAAUGCUUCUAACAUGUAAGAGCAUCAGAACCAAAGGUGCUCAGUUCUCCCUCAAUUCAGUUGUGCUUCUUGAUGAUACACCAACCUUUGCCACAGUUUCAGACAUAUUAUGUCAAGGAGACAUAAAGAUUUUAAUUGUCUCAGUUCUGAAAACUUUCAAAUAUGAGCCUUUAUGCAAUGCAUAUUGUUUAGAAGUCUUAGACUCUCCAGAAGUUCGGCUGUGUAUUGUAGGUAAUCUAGCUCAUUUUCAGCCUUUUAAUAGUAUGCCGUUCCAGGGAGAUAACAAAAAGUUGUGGGUCAUCCCUAAAUACCACAAGAUUGGUUUCAACCACCCCCUCAUGAUAUAA